AUGGCGCCUCAGCCUGUGCACACCCUGAGGCUGAGCACUCCCGCUGGCCAUGCAGUGUGCAGGUGCUCCGCCGCCCCGCUCUUCGGGAAGAGGCUGCCGGCCAUCGUCGCCUUCCCCCGUGCCGGCAGGGGCGGCGCCGUCGCCUUGUGCUCGGCCGUGCAGGAGUCGUCCACCUCCACCACCGUUAGCCAGAAGAAGGAUGCUGCAGACGGUGAGAAAAAGGAAGCCACGGCGGCGGCAGCGAAGCCGGCCGCGGCCGCGGCCGCGAAGCCAAAGAAGGCCCCGGCGAAGCCGCUGCCAGAGAUGAUGCAGGAGGAGAUCAUCCCGCCGCUCAAGGACGCCCUGGAGGCGGAGGAGAACGUGUCCCAGGUCCAGCUUUCUUUCCAAAACAACACGUUGGAGGGUUCCUUCAUAAAGGAUGAUGUACCCUAUUAUUUUUGGGCCUUCUUUCCGAAAGGAGAUCUCACAGGACCGAGGGGCUUUGCGCUAUCGUCCUACAGUAACGAAGUCAGCACCAUCGAGCCAUUCCUAAUCGAUGAAAAGAGGAUAACCCCCCAGUACGUGGUGUUCUGGGUUUACAAGAGGCUGGCCGGGCAAGGCAUCCUUCCCGUCUGGAAGGAAGAGGAGGGGGAGGGGGAGGAGGAGGGUGCAAAGUAG